UUUUUUUCCAUAGGCCAUUCCGUUUAAACAUGGGCCGCGUUAUUCGAGCUCAGCGUAAGGGUCCAGGAAGUGUGUUUAAGGCCCAUACGAAGCGCAGGAAGGGACAAGCAGCUAUACGUGCUAUUGAUUUUGCUGAAAGACACGGUUAUGUAAAGGGAGUUGUGAAGGAUAUUGUACAUGACCCUGGUCGUGGUGCACCGCUGGCCAAGGUGACGUUCAGAGAUCCUUACAGGUACAGACAGAACACUGAAACAUUCAUUGCCACUGAGGGCAUGUACACAGGACAGUUCAUUUACUGUGGGAAGAAAGCAACUCUACAGAUCGGCAACAUUUUACCAAUUGGUGUUAUGCCUGAGGGUACCAUUGUAUGUUGUUUGGAGGAGAAAACCGGGGACCGUGGCAAGAUAGCCCGCGCCUCCGGCAACUACGCUACAGUCAUCUCACAUAACCCAGACACAAAGAAGUCGAGAGUUAAGCUUCCAUCAGGCUCGAAGAAAGUUGUUCCAUCAGCAAACAGGGCUGUAGUAGGGAUUGUUGCUGGAGGUGGUCGUAUUGACAAACCCAUCCUGAAGGCAGGACGUGCCUAUCACAAAUACAAGGCCAAGAGAAAUUGCUGGCCCAAAGUUCGUGGUGUGGCUAUGAACCCAGUAGAACAUCCCCAUGGUGGUGGUAACCAUCAGCAUAUUGGUAAAGCUUCAACCGUCAGAAGAGACUGCUCAGCCGGUAAAAAGGUUGGUCUUAUUGCUGCCAGAAGAACAGGUCGUCUCCGUGGUACAAAUGUUGUCAAAAGCAAAGAGAAGGAAUAAACACACAGACUGUUAUUUAUGUACAAGUCCUGCUAUGUACUUACAUGUAUACAACAGGCAAAUAAAAGAGAAAAAUAUUGA